AGACGCGGAAAAUUCCAAAUUACAAUUUUCCUGCAAGCACGUGAACGCAGCAUCAGUCACCACAGUAGCGGGUGAUGCCUUCAGGCGCAGCUCGGUCGUCAGAGUGCUGGUGCAGCGGAACACAACAGAGAACAAUGUGGAGCCGGAGAACAGCUGGAUCUCUCCACACACGCUGACCGACCAUGGCCGGUGCUCGCAGCCGCUGCUCGCAGCCGGUGCAGACGGCGCAGACGCCAAGCCGGGAAGAACCGUCCGGGGAGACCGGGGACGCGGCGGGGUCGCUGCGGGAGCUGCCGCGAUGGAUGCGGCUGUACUUGUACGGGAUGCACGGCAUGACCCUGGACGUGCUGCUGUCCUCGCUGCACGGGGUCUGGAACCAUCGCGACCUCAAACUGCUGGGCUUCUCCUCCCCGUACCUGUGCGUCGUGCACGCACUGAGCCACUUCGCGCUGGAGAAGGUGUACGCGCAGAAGAGGAGCUUCCGAGGUCGGCCUGUGGUGUUUCAUCUGGUUUUCUAUCCGUCCAUCUACAUCGGGCUGCAGCUCCUCAUCGGCAACUUGAGCACGCUGAGCGAGCAGGUGAGGGUGGUGUCCGGGACCCAGCUGGCUGUGCACUACGUCCUGGCUCUGUACUUCAGCCAGGUGUUCCACAGAUGGGUGUCCAGGCUGAGGUAUCGCUCCUCGGGCACCGCCGACCUCCUGAGCCCGGGGGACAGGGGUGACGCGCGGCCUCAUGCGCCCCAGGGUCUCCCCGGCUUUGUGCGCUUCUUCUUCUUCGGGAUGCAGGGCUUGCUGGACGAGGUGCUCUUCACCUCCAUUUUCAACCUGGUGGAGAAGUCGGACCGGACCCUGAGCGGCCACACGUCCGUGUGGUCCUUCCUGAUGUACGGCAGCUGCAGCUUCGUGGUGGAGAAGCUCUACCUGCACCUGCACUUCAGCAGGGGGUGGAGGACGUGGCAGCGGCUCCCCAUCUACGUCUGCUUCAUCUACACCUGGGAGUUCUGCUGGGGCCUGGUCCUCAGGGAGUUUGACGCCUGCUCGUGGGAUUACUCCCACUACCCCUACAACCUCAUGGGGCUCAUCACCAUGCUCUACCUGCCCGGCUGGGUCUGCCUCAGUCUGUACCAGGACAUCCUGUCCAAUGUCCUGCUGAGGGUCAAAGUGUGCACCAAAGAUGGGAAUGACUUGGGUGAGGAGAGCAAAGAGGUCAAUGGAGAGCUGGACAACAAGAAAAAAAUACUUUAAUAUUUUCUUUUAGAAGUUUUAAUCCUUACUUUUCUGACCCACAUCCUACUGACGAACAAUUAUUUAUUCUAACAGAAAGUUAACAGGGCUUAUAUUUAUUACUCAAAACUUAAUGAAUGAGAAAAAAGUUAGAGUUUAGGUAAAGUAUGUUAUAAUGUGGGACCAGGCUUGGCUUCAACUCAAACCUUGAGUUAUUUAUGUGUUACCGUGACAACAGAUGCUGAGAUUCUCAAAGUUGGGAUUCGGGAAUGAGGACAAAUGUGAAGAUGGGACAUAUAAGGCCUGAUAUUUCUGGGUCCAUUUCUGAGGAUAAAAACACUGGAGCCUGUUUUUAACAUGUUUAAAUUCACUUUACUGCCAUUUUUACCUGUCUGACGUGACCUGUGGUUUUAAUAUUAAGCUGUUUCACAACUUUGAAAGUGUGAAUAUUUUUAAAUAACUGUGGUGGUAGACUAGCUUGGGUCAGAUUAUAUGCACUGGCAUGCUUUAACUGUAGCUGAAAUCUGCAUGCUAUAACACAAAGAAGUAGAAAUACACUUUUAGUUGUAUAAUUUAAAACUCACAUAGUUCCAACAAGAGGAUUGUUUCCAUUUGCCCCAUUUUCUUUUAUUCCAAUAGUGGGUUUGUGAAUGUUUAACAGAUUUUAUUGCUUUAUGAGUGUACUAGAGUGACGCAUGGCCACUCUUAGCACAUAGAGAUAAACCCAUGAGUAGCAAUGAGAAAACCUGUAGCUGAGCGGAGACGAGGGGCCGAGUGAGAUGUUACUGUGAAUCUUUCAUGAACCAAACGUGACUUUGCUGCAGUGCCUUCCUCUGCAAACCGAGUCGGCUGCACUCAAACUGACCAAGUGUCUCACAGGUCUCCGUCUGUUCCACAGUUCUACCUGUUUCUAAGGAAAAGAGCAUGAACUAUAACCAAUGUCAAUACAAGUGAUGUUUAAAUUCGAACAUCGCUACGUCCUUAAACUAAAGAGUUUCUUUUUUAUAAGUCCGAGCAUAACCGAAUCAAAUUAAUGCCGAAGCACUUUGACUGAGCAAGUUUAUCUCCAACUGACGGAUUUGUACAUUUCAUAUAAUCUCCGUCAAUCAGCGUCAGUGCUGACAUUUAAAUCUAUCUCACAGAGGAAAACAUUUAAUACAAAUAUAUAUUGAUCAACUUAUCUUGAAGUAGAUAUCACUCGGGAGUUCAGGGGGAACACAUUUUACUGAAGCUGUUUUGAAACCUGACUUUACAGUGGUCUUUAGUCUAAUGAGCACUGUGAAUAAACAUAACCUUGCCAUGUAUGAAGCUGCCUUUUAAUACAAUUGUGUAUAAUGAGGUUGCAGGUUGUUCUCAAUACAACUCUAGAUGUAGGUCAUUUCUAUUGACUUACUGUGGGGAUGUCUUAACCUUUUCCUAACGUUGAAGGUUUUUGAUUUACCAUACAAAGUUGUUUUGAGAGUUUGAUCAUCCAUCUGUCGUAAAACAUUCCAUUUCAGUGCUAAAUAUAAUAAAAGGUGUAUGGCCUUCUACACUCUGGAAUGUCAUUCAAAAUUAUCAGGCAAUCAUUGAAAUUUAUUAGAAUUAUUCACUUUGGAUUCUUAGAAUGAAUUUUUAUCUGUUAACAAUUCCUUUUAUCGUCACAUGAGCGAGUGGCAUUGACCUUUUUAUAUCCUAAAGAUUUUCAAUGGUCAAAUAACUGUAAUUCAAAUUUUCCUUCUGUGUUGUGUGAUUCACAGAUUAUUUUUAAAAAGUCAAAGUGCUUUUAGAAAACGGUUGGAAUAGAAAUGGAAAGUAAAGAUGGCUGACUUCCAAUGGCAUGUACUCUAUGACUCACACUUUCAAUUAAACAUUCUUUUCUGCAA